AUGCGUGCGGCCGCUUCCUUGUUCGCAGCCCUCGUCGCUGUCGCAUCGGCUUUGACCUAUCGAGCGGCCGACAUCUCUUCGCUCAUCGUUGUCGAGGAUUCUGGCGUCGAGUACUCUCAGAAUGGUGUCGUCAUACCCUUUGAGGACAUUCUCGUCGCAAACGGGAUGAACACAGCGCGCGUGCGGAUCUGGACCGCCGGGCAGUACAACUUGACCUACGCGCUUGCAAUGGGCAAACGUGUCAAGGAUGCGGGAUUGACACUUCACGUCGAUCUUCACUACAGCGACACAUGGGCGGAUCCUGGCCAUCAAGCUAUUCCAUCCGCAUGGCCAACAACACUGUCACGACUGAACACUCAGAUAUACGACUAUACGCAAAGCGUCGUACAAGCCUUCACGGAUCAAGGGACGCCUGUUGACAUACUCCAGGUCGGAAAUGAGAUUAACAACGGGCUGCUAUGGCCCGUCGGGGAGAUUUCGGUUAAUGGCUUCGAUGGCCUUUCCCAGCUCCUGAACUCAGCCAUCCACGGGGGUCUCUCAGCCGGUUCGCCCAAAAUACUCGUCCAUCUCGCGAAUGGCUGGGAUUGGUCCGACCUGAAAUACUUCUGGGAAGGUGUCUUUGGUAUCCAAGGCGCGCUGACACAGUCGGAGGUUGACAUCAUGGGUGUGUCGUUCUAUCCGUUCUACGGCACGAAUGCAACACUGGCGAACCUCUCGUCCUCGCUGACGAACCUGGUCAACGAGUUCGAUAAGCCUGUCGUUGUCGCCGAGACCAACUGGCCGGCCGUUUGCUCCGGUGUGACGCUCAGCGAGCCCGAGAUCCCCAUCUCGGCUCAGGGACAAGAGGAAUGGACCGGUGACAUCAAGAGUGUCUUGAAUGGCCUCCCCGACGGUCUGGGGCAGGGCAUCUAUUAUUGGGAGCCUGGAUGGAUUGGAAACGCUGCCCUUGGCUCGUCCUGUUCAGACAAUCUGCUAGUGGAUAGCUCUGGUGCAGUCAGGCAAUCUAUCGAUAUAUUCGGUGACGACAUGUAG